AUGCUCAAGCCGGAAGACAGAUUCUUCGCCCUAGAGGGCAGUAUCUACCCAGGCGGCCCAAGCACUUGGUACGUAAUGGAUUGGGACCAGCGUCGCCUUAUCUCAGUGACUAUGGACGAGGAACUUGAAUCAGCAGACCCAGCAAUCGAGCAACUCUCAAAACAUGUAGACGAUCUGGAACCGGAUGUUUUUGAACUUCGUGUUUCAUCUCACGGCGACUUGAUAUCAACAUCUACAAACCCAGAAGACGACAACACUUUUUGCCCAUUCUACCCCCCCCUUGAGGCAACCGGAAAGGCAGAUAUUCAAACCAUUCCCAGGUCAAAACUGGAAGAACUGGAUAGACUGGGGCCCCUGGUGGAUCUUGUCACAGAUCUCCAAUCCUCCAAGCCCAGCGAAAAGCUUGUAUUCAAGUACUACUUCGUCUAUCAACGCAUGUCUCGUGUAUGGAACGAGAUGAACCUGUGGAUGCGUUUGCCCAAACAUCCAAAUAUCGUGUCUUUCGACAAGAUAGUCGUGGAUGAGCUGGAAGGUCGCUGCAUUGGGUUUACAACCAAAUAUAUCGCUGGAGGAACACUCGAUGAAAACAAAUCUCGAAUUUUUAAGCUCAAGUGGCUUCAUCAAUUAAUCGCUGUUAUCGAUGAGCUAAACUUGAAUCUCGGGAUUGCUCAUCAAGACGUCGCACUUCGUAACCUGGUUAUCGACGAUCUGACGGAUUCCUUGAUGAUUUUUGACUUUAAUUUCUCAGCUCGCAUUGGAGAUAUGGGAUUUAGUCAGGCUCGGAAUGAUGUUGAUGGGGUUAUAUUUACGAUAUAUGAACUCAUCACUGGGCACGACGAGCUACGCUCCGUAGAGCAUGAAAAACAAAACGUCUCAGACAUCGAGGGGAUGAAGUGGAUCAAGCACCCUGAUGUUCAGCUCGACCACCCCGUUGCGGAGUUCCGCAAGCUUCUCGAUCAAUGGUCUACAGGGCGGCGAAAAGAUGCCAACCGCAUCAAUAUAUAUAAAGACGCUCCGAACUACAUCGAAUGGCCAGGAAUACCCCGGCCACCACCUUCUGAAAUUGGGACUAAUUAUAUAACCGGUCCUAUGAUAGAAUCCCACGGCUUGUGGAGUAUGGGGAGAAGAGAUAUGCUAGAACAAGGAAAAGCAGUUUUGAACUGGCAACGUCCUGCUCAAACAAGGCUCAAGCCUGGUGAAAGAAUUUUGGAAACUGGUAAAUAUAUUUAG